AUGUCUGCACGUGUCAUCACGUGUGGCAUCUGCUUCAAUGUGCUGAACCAACCGCUAACACUCGAGUGCAACCACUCUUUCUGCGCCAAGUGCAUCCGCAUACGACUGGCCGAGAGCGGCAACAGCGGCUUGCAGUGCCCACUAUGCGGUACGUCUCACACCGAGCUCCACUCGCAUAACCUCGCCCAGUACGCAGACCACGAGGCGGAGGUGUACGUUGAGAUGUUGUCACGCGACAUGCCCGAUCCGCCGACAUGCCAGUGGUGCGAGACGACGACAGCUAAAGUGCAGUGCGGUGAGUGCAGGUGUGUGUACUGUGAGGAGUGCUCCAUUGCGGUGCACAGGAACAGUGCCAAACGUGAUCAUGCCAUUGGCAAGCUUAGCGAGUCGAGUCGCAACUUCAUGCGUCGAUGUCAGCUGCGCGGGCAUGAGGAGUACCGAGCCGAGUUUUUCUGCUCCCAGUGCCGACAGAUUUGUUGCGCCUACUGCCUACAGGUUGGACCGCAUCGCGACCACCUCCACGUAACGGUAGCGGCAGCCGCUGCAGAGGCGCGGCAGCAACUGUCGCGUGACAUGCAAUCUCUCGUCGAGGUGAAGCACCGACUUGAGCAACAGGCGGCAGAGAUGAAUCGUGUCUCGGUGCUCUACACUGACACCUAUGAUGCUGUUGAGAACACGGUGACAGAACGCUUUGAGACGUUCAAGCAGCAGCUCAUGCAGCGCGAGUUGGAGGUACGGCGCACCCUGACAAAACUUCGCGAUAGUGGUGAUGCCACCUUGACAGCGUCGCGACAGCAAUACCUCGACAAGCUAAACAACAUCAACGCUACUCUCCUGCAGUUUCGCUCGAUUCAGAACGGCGGCACAGACGACGAGGUGCUGCAGCGGCACUCACAGUUAGGCAACUGCCUCAAUACCGAUCUUCCUGCCGUGACUGGGAGCGGCUUCAAGGUGGUUGACCUGGGCGAGAUGACUUUGACAAGCCUCGGCAUUGAUCUAGAUUUGCAAACAGUAGAGCACAACCAACACAUCCUUCCUAGAUUGAACCGAUCUGCCAGGCUUAAAGACGCAAGCAAGAUGUCCAUCAAUAGUGGUGCCUCUGUCUUCUCCUUCGCUGGCAAUCUUCUCUCUCUGCCCCUCCGACUCACAUUCCCCGUUGACGACGAUGUGGAGGCGACCGUACUAGCGGAAGGAGUUCGACUGCGCUGUGUCGCGCGCGGCGGUGGCGCUACGCAGAUUGGGGUACGCAGCAAAGAGAUGUUCCGCACACUCCUUGGGCAGUUCCCAGAGGACCGCGGUGUGGUCUCGUGGCAAGUGCGUCUCGACUCCAUCUCCGACUCCUUCAUAGGCGUGGUGGAAAGGCCAUCGCAGGCAGCUCAGGUGCCGGAGGGGUUCUACUGGAAACCAACCUGCGCCGGCGUGACUGACGGCCGAAUCGGCCGCUACACCACUGCAGUGCGCCACCUCCCUGUAUGCCGUAACGGCGACCACGUUCGCUUCGUGUACGACGGUGAUGAAGGCAGCCUUCGAGUUAUCAUCAACGACCGUGACGAUUGUGGCGUCGUGGUGGCGGACCUGCACCCCCGCAUCGCUGCCUGCUUCAUCUUCUAUCCCUCCGAGUCUCUCACCGUCCUCUUCUAG